UCACGGUCUCGUUGGGUCCAUACAAUCUUUCGUCACUCUGAACUGCUUUGUAUUCAACUAUGAAGCUUCUCAGCCUCCUCCUCGUUUCUUUGGCGGCCGUUGGAGUACUCGGGUCGAAGUCUGCAGGCGGCUGGGAAGCAACCAUGCACGUACCUAAGAUAUAAACUUACUACCUAGGUACUAGCCCACACUUUGAGAACUACGCUGACUUUGUGCCCUUGUUCUAGGUACUACUACAUGUACCGAAUGGACUACGACAGUCACGGCGCCGGAGACCGCACGAUUGCAGCAAAGUGCGAAGGCAGCCAUAGCGGAGGCGGCUGCAAUUUUGCACAAUUCAUCGAUUUUAUUCAGAAGAAGCGCAUAAAUAGUAAGGCCAAGGAUGCGCAAGGCAGGUGGAUAUUCGUCGGCAACUUCGAUCCAAGCAAGGUACCAGCGGAUCUUGAUCUCGAGAAUCCAGACAUCAACAAAGCGAGUGAAAUCAUGGACUGGGACAGUAGGACGAACCCCAGCAAGAGACCAGGCGAUCCACCGUAUCUCAAAUACGACGGAGGGUAUGAGGCGAGUAACCUCCUGGGCGCGAAGGCAGCUGGAAGAAGCAACCACGGCGCCAUCUUGGAUGGACUGGCCGAGGUAGUUCAAGACUCCAGGAAGAAGGCCGGCGACGAGAAAGUCAAAGACCAGCUUGAGAACGUUCGAAAGUGUCUGAACAACGUCGUCCUUAAUCGCAUCAAAGACAACGCAGCGAACCUUGUCCGAGACUUUCAGAUCGGUGCUCGAUAAAUACAACAACGGCAUCCAGGACGAAGCUAAGAAGCUCAAGUCGCCAGAGAUGGAUUACACAGACCCCGACUCCGGCGAGACCUAUAAAGUCUGGGACAGCAACAAGAUGGCCAACGAUAUCAUCGACCAUCCAGACCUCAAGGAGAGCAGGAAGAAUGAGCUAUUAGACAAAAUCAUC